AUGUCAAUUCUACGUGUUUUGAGUACCGUUCCAUUCAGCAAUCGUCCACCAGUACAAGAUAUAAUAGCUAAUUUACAUUCUUAUUUUACUUUCAAUUUUUUGAUUGGCUUGGCUAUUUUGUUAAGUUAUAAACAAUUUGGAGGUAGACCUAUUGAGUGUAUGACGCCUGCUGGAUUUUCUUCGUCUUGGACUGAUUAUACAGAAAAUUAUUGUUAUACGGCCAACACUUAUUUUGUAGCUAUAGAUAAAGCUGAACAAAUAAUAGUGAAUAUAAGUGAUGAGGAAAGAAGAGAAAGACGAAUUAGUUAUUAUCAGUGGAUCCCCUUCUUUUUAAUUUUUCAAGCUGGGUGUUUUAAAGUGCCUGCUCUAAUUUGGAAAUACUUUCAUGCACAAUCAGGAAUGAAAGUAGGCGAAAUUCUUCGAAUAGCAUCCAGUGAAGCUAAUAGUGAUCCAACAAUUAGAGCGGAUAAUAUUAAUUCUCUUUGUAAUCAUUUGCAGAAAGUUUUAAAAUUUCAUAGAAGAUUGGAAAUGAGAAGAAUUCGCCCUCACAGAUUCUUUCGUCUCUUAAAUAUGAAAUAUUCUGCUUAUUAUGUAACACUUGUAUAUUUAUUAAGUAAAUGUUUAUUUUUUAUUAAUGUAACGGGACAAUUAAAUUUUCUUAAUCGUUAUCUUUUUGGGUCAAAUGAUAAUUUUGGUUUUGAAUUUUGGAGAAAUUUGUUGCAUUGGAAUUCAACUUUUUGGAAGGAAUCUGGAGUAUUUCCUAGAGUUACUUGGUGUGAUUUUGAUGUCAGAGAAAUGGGACAAUCAGUUAACCAUACAGUUCAAUGUGUUUUAGUUUUAAACGUUUUUAUGGAAAAAGCUUUUAUGCUUUUGUGGGGAUGGUAUACAGUUUUGGCAAUUAUUACUUUGGCUAAUAUUAGCGCUUGGUUCUAUGGCUACUUAAGUACAGCUUCUGCCGAACAUUUUAUUUUUAAUCAUUUAGAAAUGGCUGGUGAACCAUUAUUCGAUAAAGAUCCAAAUAUUUUACAACCAAAACAAAUUCAGCAAUGUGUAGCUAAAUUUAUUGUUAAAUAUUUAAAAACGGAUGGAUUAUUUAUUCUUCGAUUAAUUGCCCAACACGCGGACGUGCAAAUGUCAACACAAUUAAUUUAUAAAAUGUGGACAAGUCAUUAUAUUAUUGAAAAACAAAGAGAGUAAGUCUCAAAGUCUAUUUUUUUGUAGAAAAUUUGGAAAAAUUUUGGGGGGUAAAUUUUGCUUAAAGGAUAGUGGGGUUGUUCGAGGGAACGAGAAACCGGACUUUGUUCAAGAAUCAAAAUCGAUAACCGAAAUUUUGUCCCGGAUCCCGUUUCGGUUCGAUUUGUAGUUUUAACUCCUUGGGGUUUUCAUCAAAAAAGAAAAACGAAUGUGAAACAUCAAUAACACAA